AUGGCUAGGCUCUUGAAAGGCCUCAGUGUGGCGCUGGUCGCCAUGCUGUAUGUCGUGUUUCUCGUCACUAAUUACGCUUUAGCAGAUCUAGUUCCGCGCUCUCCUCGCCACUCUCAUCGAGCCCUUCAUCGAGCAUUCGUUGGCAAGCGAGCAUCUGCAGAGGUUCAAGACUGCCCAGAGAGCAAUAGUGCCAUAAAUUCGUAUGUUGGUGAUGAGAUUAAGAAGCUUUCUUCGGCUUCCGAAGAGAAAGGUGGCCAGGAGCAAGUAGCGGAGAGAGACCUGACCGGCACCGCCGGAAACCCACAUGUACAGGUCAAGGUGAAAUCCUCGACCCGUCCAAAUGGAUCCUCUCAUUCUUGGUCAUGGUCAUGGUCGUCGCAUUCUUCUUCCUCAUCCUCGUCUUCAUCAACAUCGUCAACAAAUGACGGCACCAGCCUUGGCUCUACCAGCCCAUAUAUCAGUCACUUAGGCCAGUCGGACCAGCAUCAGAAGCCACCCACACAAGGUCAGCCUUCAAAAACAUCUCAGCCACCUCAACCGCUUCAAAGAUACACUGAGAUUCGCUCGAGCCACGGUCAGGACACAUCUGACAGUACUCAUGAAACAACCAAGUCAGUUCAGAACAAGGAUGGCCGCGUCGUCGAUCACACUGUUAUCGCUCGAUCGCAUUCUUCUUCGGCUCAUUCGUCCUACAGCCGCUUCUCGAAUGUCUUCCACUAUGUCAUGGCCGGUCACACUGAACCGUCCAGCAACAUCGCACCUUUCUCUAACGCUCAGGUAGAAUGGAUGCGUUCGCCUGCUCAAGCUGUCGCUCUGUCAGCCUUUGCCGAGAUUGGUGAGCCCAUCCCUCGUCCUGCCAGAGCCGAGAUCUGCAACCGUCGCUUCCCCUUCACUGGUCGGCAGUACACAAUCGAAGAAAAGGACCACCGCUUCAGCCAGCCUUUCUCCAAAGAGGCUCUGGACCCUGUUUCCAAGAUGGCGCUCGAUCUGCAUAACAACGAACGUGCUCGCUACGGUCUCCGACCACUGCAGUGGAAUGUCGAGCUAGCCAAUAUGGCCGCAUGUUGGGCUGAUCUCAAGGCAUACGGUCACUCCCAGGAUCACUUCUGUGCUACGGGCGAGAACAUCGCCAUGGGUCUUGGCGAUCCUUGCUACAGCAACCCAUUGGAAGGCAUGAAAAAUGCCAUCAUGGCUUUCCUCGACGAAGAUCGCAACUGGGCACAGAACCCUCAGAUGAGCGAACGCACCGGUCACUGGACGCAGACUGUUUGGAAAGACACACUGUUCGUCGGCUGUGCAGUAGCCCAGCGCAAAGACUUCAUGCAAGGCUACGGCACAAAUGAGAAGGCCGCCAUGUACAUUGUUUGCGAGUACUACCCGCCUGGAAACGUGCAGGGGGAGUACGAGCAUCAAGUCCCUGCAGUUCGCCCUAUGCCUCAACUACGCUCCACCUGCUCUGCCAAUGAAAAGCACGGCAGUUGA